CGUACUUUUCCACGGCUGAGGUUAAUUGCUUCCUCGGCAUAGUUAUCUUGUUCACCUGUGAUUGCUGACAGUAGAUUCCCCUCUACAUCUACUUUGUGGUGACUUUUUUUUUUUGAAGUUUGCAAGUUUACGCAAUGGCUGCACCUUGGCCCCAAGUGGUUCUUCUUGGAGACUCGCUCUUCCAGGGCGCUUCCGAUGUUCAGGGCGGAUUCUCUUUCCAAGGCGCAUUGCAAAAUCACUGCCAACGCCGAUAUGAUGUUAUAAACAGAGGAUUCUCGGGCUAUAACACCUCGCAAGUCCUCAAAAUUCUACCCGACAUCAUCCCGGCUCCUCAUCCGGCAGGCCCUCAGCUCAAGUACUUGAUCGUCCUCCUCGGAGCGAACGACGCAGCCCUGCCCUCGCCUGUCGAUAACCAGCACGUGGACCUUGAUCAGUACAGGACCAACCUGCGCGCCAUCGUCACGCACCCACACGUCGUCGCCCACAAGCCCAAGAUCCUCCUCGUGACGCCGCCGCCGCUCGACGAGAUCCGCCUCGGAGCCAUCGACCGCGCCAACGGUCGCGACGGCCCCUCGCGCCACGCAAAGGUAUCGGCGUCGUACUCGGCCGUGGCGCGCGAUUUGGCCGGCGAGCUGGCGCCCAGCGGCGUCGUGCUCAUCGAUCUGUGGAAAGAGCUCAUGGACGUCGCGGUAGCCAAAACGCCCGGGUUCUACGGCGUCGGCGGUGCCGUCCUUGGGGACCCGGCGUGUGGUCUAUGUGGGCAUCUGGAGAACCUACUUCCCGACGGCUUGCACCUGAGUGGGGAGGCAUACCGGGUGUUUUUCGAUGCCGUGAGACCGCAUAUCAUCCCCGAGAUUGCGACGCUGGGCCCUGGGGAGGGUCAUGUGUUACCUGAGUGGCGGGUGGCGCCCUGGAGUUAAAGGGUGGAAGCUGGGGGUUAGGGUUGGUGGGAUUGGAUAUAUCGGUGCUACCUAUCAACUACCUCCCUCCAUCUUGCAUCAUGUAUAUUAGAUUACAUAAAGAUUACCUACCUUGGGUAGGUACUGACUAGGUACCUUUACCGGACAGCAGGCAUUGGUGCUGCUUGAAAUCUGCAAAUAAAUAUAUUUCUAUUUUUUUA